AAGAGGAGCAGAGGGAGGAGAAUCUAGUUUGAACUGCAGCCAGGGGACGAAAUCUCUUAUUCGGAAUUUCCGCUUGAAACCUUAAACACACACUCUACUGACGGUGUGCCUGAGUCAAUACAACCCCAGGGAGGAGGCAGGCGUCUUGGUAAGCACGAGAGGAAGGUUGUUAAGUGAGAAAACCCAUUAAUUGAAUCCCAUGAGUCGCCGGGCAAGUGUAAACAAAAGGCGGCGACUCUUGUCCUUGUCCGAAGUGGCAGGCUUGAGGCAGACAUGGAGGUCACCGAGGAGAACCUGAGUCGUCUGGUGGAGGUCCUCACACACACACUCUCCCAGGACCCAUCACAGCGCCGGGCAGCCGAGCAGUUUCUGGGUCAGGUGGAGGGCAAUGAGAAUUACCCGGUGUUGCUGCUGACACUGCUGACCCGAGAUGAGUUGCAGGUGCCCAAGAACAUCAAGCUGGCCGCCUCCAUCCACCUCAAGAACCUCAUCAAGAGAAACUGGGUGGUGGACGAGGAUGGCACCAACAGGAUAAGCACCAAUGACCGAGUGGUGGUGAAGCGAGAGAUAGUGGACCUGAUGCUGCGUUCCUCGGAGGGGGUUCAGCGCCAGCUCUCCCAGGCCAUCUCCAUCAUUGGCAAGUCGGAUUUCCCCCACCAGUGGUCCGAUCUCAUCCCUUACAUGGCCGAGAAAUUCAAGUCAGGCGACUUCAACAUCAUCAGUGGUGUGCUGCAGACGUCCUACUCGGUGAUGGAGCGCUACGAGUAUGAGAACAAAUCAGACGACCUUUGGAGGGAGAUUAAAUUUGUGCUGGACAACUUUGCGCAGCCCCUCACCAACCUUCUUGUGGAACUGAUGAAGGCCGCCGGGGAGAACCUGAACAACGCAGCCGCCCUACGCAUGAUCUUCUCCUCCCUGGUGUCAGUUGGGCAGCUAUUCUUCGCCCUCAACUCUCAGGAUCUCCCAGAAUUCUUUGAGGAUAACAUGGCAGUGUGGAUGGAGCAUUUUCUAACACUGCUUAAUUUCACCAGCCCACUCCUCGUCUCCUCUGAUGAUGAAAUGGGAGUGCUGGAGCAGGUGAAAAGCCAGGUGUGCAAGAACAUCACUCUGUACGCCGGCAAGUAUCGGGAGGAAUUUGAGCCGUUUAUUGAGAACUUUGUGACGGCAGCGUGGAAUUUGCUCUCCAACACACCGCUUGAUAUUAAAUACGACCAGAUGGUGAGUCUUGCCAUCCAGUUCCUGUGUGCUGUGGCUGAAAGGGACCACAGCAAGGGCCUCUUUGAAAACGAACAAGUCCUCUCUGGCAUCUGUGAGAAGGUCAUCCUACCCAACAUGCACCUGAGAUCCUGUGAUGAGGAGCUGUUUGUGGACAGUCCUGAUGGGUGGGUGGCACAGGAGCUGGAGGGCGCCAACACAGAGACACGGCGGAGGGCUGCUGUGGACUUUGUGAGGGUCCUGUCGCGUCACUUUGAGGCUCGCAUGACUCAGGUGUUCGGCCAGUAUGUGCAGUCCAUGCUGGCAACAUACGCUGAGAAACCGACCGAGUGCUGGCGUAACAAGGUGGCGGCAAUCUACCUGGUGACCACACUGUCCGCCAAGGGUCAGACGGCCCGCCACGGCACCACAAAGGUCAACGAGCUGGUCAACAUCACCGAGUUCUACCAAGGUCACAUUCUACCGGAGUUGCAGAACCAGGAUGUGAACCACCUGCCCAUCCUGAAGGCGGAGGCCAUCAAGUACGUGAUCAGCUUCCGCAGCGUGCUCCCCUUCGAGGCGGUGAAGGUGUGCGUGCCCGACCUGAUCCGCAUCCUCAACUCGGAGAGUGCCGUGGUGCACACCUACGCCGCCGACGCCAUCAACAAGAUCUUCCUGCUACGGGUGAACGGGCAGCCGGCAGUGCAGCGUGGUGACGUGUCCCCGCUGGCCGGCACGCUGUACGGCAACCUGCUGGGCGUGCUGGCCAAGGAGGGCUCAGCGCAGAAUGAGUACAUCAUGAAGACCGUGGCCACCGUCACCAACCUGAUCGAGGCUGACCUGAUGCAGCACGCUGGUCUGGUGGUGCCCCAGCUGGUGCUCAAACUGCAGCACGUGGUCAAGAACACUGUCAAGCCGCACUUCGUCCACUACCUCUUUGAGACGCUGUCCCUCGUCAUCAAGACGGUCUGUGGCUCGGUGGAUGGCGCCGUUGGGGAGUUUGACCGCAACCUGUUCCCGAUCUUCCAGGAGAUCCUCCAGAAUGAACUGGAGAGCCUCAUCCCAUACAUCUUCCAGAUCAUCUCGCUGCUGCUGGAGAGGCAGAAGGGCGAGGUCCCCGAGGGGUACCUGUCACUACUGCCGUUCCUGGUGAUGCCGGUGCUGUGGGAGCGGCCGGGCUACGUGGCGCCCAUGGUGCGGCUGCUGCAGGCCUACGUGGAGAAGGCACAUGGCCAGAUAGUGCAGAUGGGCAAGCUGGAGGCUGUGUUGGGUGUGUUCAACAAACUCAAUGCCUCCAAGACCAACGACCACGAGGGCUUUUACCUCAUCCAGUCCAUGCUGCUCCACAUGCCCAAGGAAGUCCUCGACAACUACUGGAACCAGAUCUUCACCAUCAUGUUCCGCCGCCUCACCUCCAGCAAGACCACCAAGUAUGUGCGGUCACUGCUGGUGUUCUUCAGCCUGUUUGCCUGCCAGCACUCCGCCGCCCGGCUGGUCCAGAUCAUCGACACGCUGCAGGCCAAUAUGUUUGGCAUGGUGGUGGACCGCCUGGUGGUGCCGGACCUGCAGAAGGUGUCCGGGGACACGGACAAGAAGAUCUGCGCGGUGGGGCUGAGCAACGUGCUGGCGGAGCCCAUGGUGUACUCCGGGGCAUACAGGGAGCGGUGGGGCACCAUCCUGGAGGCAGUAGUCAGGCUGCUGGAGUGUCCUGAGGACGGCUCGCUGCCUGCCGGGGAACACUUCAUUGAGGUGGAGGACAUCCCAUCCUUCCAGGGCUCCUCCAACAGACUCAAGCACGCCAUGAGGGGAGAGUCGGAUCCCCUCAAGGGCCAGAUUGACAACCCACAGGUGUACCUGGCCCAGCGGCUGGCCCAGGUAUCCCAGUCCCACCCAGGCACCAUUCAGGGGCGGCUGGCGGCGGUGAGCCAGGAGGUGCAGGCCCACGUGGUGCGGUACCUCCAGGUGGCUGGCAGCAGCCUGGCGUGAGGCGGCGGCGGCGAUGAGUCCGGCAGCGCCUUAGUGAUAUAUCCCGUGACGGAGUGUAAAGACUAUUUUUUCAUAUUUCCACACAUUUAUACCAGUGUACGGUUGACAUGCUGUUGCUUCGGUCCUCAGUGUGUGCCAGCCUAGAUGCUUAGGGCCCUACAUGUGAUACAGAAAGCUUAAUAAUGGUAAGUAGAGUUUAAGCUUUGUAGAAAAAACAAGUUCUCUGUAAUCUGCUGUAUUGUGAAACUCUCAGAAAGGAAACAGGAUGUUGCUUGCAGCCUGGUGGUGGCAAGUACCAGUUUGUGUAUUGGAAGUAUUAAGCAGCUGCAGUAACUCUGCUGCUUCUGUCUGCCAGUGUUUCUUUCCAAUACUGCAGAAACUACUGGCCUGCUGUUUGCUUCAUUAUUGUUACUCUUCCAUAACUGAUGAAGUGUGGUGAAGUGGCCGUGCCCACCAGCCUUCACUCCCUCCCUCCCUCGCACCACCACCACUCCAUCAAGGAAGGAGGUGAAGGUGUGUCACUCUCACAGUGUUUCUUUGCUACAUAACUCUGUGUGGGAGUAACAGCCUUGAUGCCUCAGGGCCACACAAACACAUGUGUUGCCUCCAUCCACACAGACAUUGGCUGCCAGUCUCUUUCUUUUUUGUUCCUCCGUUUCCUUCCCCUCACCAUUCACCGGCCACCUGAUGCCUUUGUUUUGUUCUCGGCCUGAGCGACACCAGCGUGCCACGGAAAGUUUGCCUCCACGUAUUUAUUGGCUGCCUGAGUGUAGCAGUGGCAGUGCGGUGUGUUGUGUUGUGUUGCUGCUUGCCUCGGUGCAUGAUGGUGUGGCUCCAGCUGGUUCUCUUAUUAAGUUUGUUGUGUUAUGGUCAUUCUUCUUGUUAGUACUAUUAUUAAGUUUUACUUCGUACUUUUACAGAAAAGUUGUCUUUCCCACUAUGUGGGUUCUUCUUAUAAUCAGUUCAUAGUUUCCACAGUAUUGAACAAUUCCUGCUGAAUAAAAUCAAUUUUAAUUAAU